UCUGAAACCACCAAGAAGGGCCAUACGGGCAUCGGCACCUUGGCACUGCUUCCCACAAACUGGAGGCUGCACCCGAACCAAAGAGCUAGAUGUUGGCUCGGUCCAAAGAACAGUUGUGAGUUGUGAGGGUCCAAAGCCUGGCGAACGGGUUGGGUUCUUUCUGAGCCGGGAAAAGACCUCCUUUUUCUUAGACUCCGCUUUGAGCUCGAAGUCUCACCUGGGAUGAACACGACCAACGGGUGUGGCGCUUAAGACGCCCGGUGGUUUCAUCACCUCAUCCGAGACCGAGGAAACCCUCCCAAAGCCCGAGGUGCGCUACGUGGACGACGUGCUCCGCGCGGACGACGACUCGGCCUAUUUGGCCUUCAUCGUGGACCGGUAUGACACCUUGCCAGACUACACCGUCUUCCUACAUGCGGAUGCCCCGGAGCACGUGCCUUCGCUGGAGCUUCUGACGGACACCGUCUUUGCGGCGAUCCGGGGGUAUCUCUCUGAGAAGAUCGGAUUCGUCCACUUCGCGCACAACUACGUCCUUCACGAUCUGGGUUGCCGGAACGACGCCCCCUGCGAGGGCCGGCAACUGGAACCCGAAUUUGCCACACUUUGGAAGAAGGUCUUUCGUUCCUCUCUGGCACCAUCUUUGGCGGCUGGAGACGUGAACGCCUACUGCUGUGUGCAGUUUAUGGUCCAUCGGGACCGGAUCCGCUUGAGGCCACGCGCCUUCUACCAAAAUGGCUGGGACUACUUCGGCUUGACCGCCGAGUCCUACCACCGGCUCUUUCCCGUGGGCCGCGUGGUGCUUGGGCCGGAUGUGCUGGGCCGCACACCUGGACAGUUGGCGAUGUACAUUUGGCACGUGAUGUUUGGUGAGCCACUGAAGCUCCCUCGACGGCAGCGGGAUCUGCGACUGCCGCUCUUCAUGAAAAUCCAAAACGUCGAGGUGGAGCUUCUGGAGGAAGAGCCCGAUGCCUACCAGCAAUUUGAAGGCCUUGCACUGGCCGGUCAAGCCAUCCAAAGUGGUGAGAACUCCAUCGCAGCCCGCCUCGAAACCCUUUUCGACUAAAACACUGCGCUGAACGCGGGGUUUUGUGGGGCAUCGAGGGGCUGAGGAAUGGACUCCAGGCUCAGAAUCCGAC